AUGUCGCAGGGCUCAAUACUGUCCCCCUCCUCGCCGCGGAAAGUUUAUGAUACCCGGGAAGACGGAGUCGGGCGAGCUUCAGAGGCCCGUAUCGACUUUGACGAGGACAAGUACCGCCGGCGGCCCGUGCUCGGCUGGCUGGCCCAAAUCCUCAAGAACCGUUUCAGCUCCCGGAAGCAGCCGCGCUCGCUGAUGCAGAAGUUCGUCAUCCUUCUCCUCAUCGGCGGGAUCGGUUUCCUCACCCUCGUCAUUGUCAUGAUGAAGCUGGGCCGGGCCUCCGCCGACAGCGACCCCAACCUGGACCCCAUGUUCAACCCGCACAUCCGGGUCGGGAAGCAAUAAACCCGGGGCGGGCGCCUUCCCUCGGCCGUGGGCUGCCCUCCCAGCGAGCAGGAAGGGGGCGGAGAAAGAAUUCCCUGGGAACGCUCUUGGCCUGUAGCCGCUGUGGUGAAUCGAGCCCUCUCCGGAAAAGCAAGACCACUCAGGCCACCCUGAAAGCUUGGACGACAGGCCGAGGGUCCCCCCCUCUAGAUCUGGGGCAGAGAGAGACCGCUUCAUCUUGGGCUGCUUCAACGAGGAGACCAUCCAGAAGCCCGGCCAGCAGCCGAGGAGGACGCAGCACCCUAAGCACUACAGAAAAUAACUCUGCAGAGUUCCAGGGCUGGUUUUCCAGCCGAAGCCCCUUCGCUUCUCUACCCAGGCUUUCCAUUCACGGAGGAGAAAUAAUCAUUUCCGGACAAGGUGGAGGACUUUGGUUUUACCUCCUGCGCAGACCUGUCUGGCACGGUGGCUCAAUUUUACCUGAGAGUAAGGUUUGGUGUUUUGUUUUGUUUUUGAGUUGUUUAUUUUCUUUAAUCCGCAGUUUGGUGAUCGGGGCCUUUAUCGGCCUUGCCCGCCCCGAUCCGUUGACCCAACCUCUAACAGUGUUUAUAUAAAAAAAGAAGGGGACCAUUUUAGGGAUUUCUUUCCCCCUGACUUUGGGAGGCAUGAUAUGGCUCCCAAGAACACGGGAGAGCAUUCUUGCAUCCUUGCCGAGGGUGCAGAGAGAGUUCCCUGUCGAAAUUGGUGGCUCUAUAUGAGCCGCAUGUUUUACCCAAGAAACGGUUACUUCCUUAAAGCUGGGGCCUCUCCUCCCUCUCCGGCUGAACCCCACCACCUCUUGCCUCUUUCCCUCACAGCCCUGAAUUCUGAAGGGGAAAACAUGGGUGGGUCCCUUCAGCCUAGCUCUGCCUCCCUAGGUUUGUCUUCGAUUCGGGGCCUUGUGACGUGAGAGGAAGCGAGGGCAUUUUCCUUGGGGGAAGACACCCAGUACCGUCAUGCUUCAGUGGAGAUUUAGGAACAAGAGGUGGUUUAGAAACUCACAAGGAAACGCUUGUUCUCCUUCACGUGUCUCUUUAUUCGCCAGAAUGAACCCCUCCGUAGGUGUUAAGAGGGUUCCUAACCCAAUGAGUUUCAGAAAGCUGUCCUUGCAGCACUUUUGCGGCCGCUGUCUUGCCCAAGCCGGUGCCUUCCACCUGCGUGGGGACCAGCUUACCCCGAGGAUACUGGGAGUUGUAGUCCAGCACACGUAGAGGGCAUCGAGUCAGAGGACUCUGAUCUGGGACUGGCAGUAGCAUCAGGGGAGGGGGGCAGUCUCUUCUGCCUGAGUUACCAGGCACUGAGUUACAAAAGGACGAGGAUGAUGUUGCCCCACCAAGCUCUCUGAGAAACCCCCUCCUUCCUCGAAUCUGUUCCAGAGCAGAUCCUGCAGAGCUGACAGCCGGGGGGACCCCCCCAUGCCCGGCUCUUAAACUGGGGGGCUCUGUUUCCGUCAAUACCCAGACUGGGUAGAUGAUGGACCCCAUGUUCCCGUGGCCUCUUCUAGCAAAUGACUGUAUUUCAGCCGGCGGUUCUCUGGGAGUUCCUCUGUGGGGGUUUGGAUGUAUGGACCAGCUCCAUUCUCUUGUUUCAGUGUAGAGGCGACCGUGCAAAAAAAACAACAACAAGCUAUUAACCUGCAGAAGCAAUAUAUUUGUUUGUCGGCGUGCUACUAAAAACCCUCUUUCCAAACCCUGA